AUGGAGCCGUUUUCAGUGGUUCUCAUCACCCAUGCAUUUACCUUCUUCCUGGGCUUGGUGGUUUCCAAGGUCCACAACAACUCUCAGGGUUUCCUCAAUCCUCUUUUGAGCAACCUGUCCCAGAUCAAGUCGGGUCUGUCGGAUUGGUUUUCGUUUGGUCGCUCCCGCGCUGCGAAGGCAAACAGACUUUUGGAUCAGGUCUCGGUGGAGCUUCUGGACCGUUACCAAGUUGAGGAGAAGUACGACAAGAGUACCUGGCAGCGCAAAGCCUAUGACGACUUCACUGGCGCUCUGGUUGCCAAGGACAAGAUCUUUCCCUGUAUCUAUGGUACGAAAGGAUACAAGGCCAAUGAGCUUGACUUCCUCUUCUUGGAAUCCGAGGACCUGAACAACCUCGAGAUCGCAAAGGUCGGAGCCAAAGCUAUUGUCGAAUACCACAAGAUUCUCCAGAGCCGUGGUCGCAACAUUUCGCUCGUGCUGCUGUGCCCGCCGCCCAAGAUCGAACGCUCCGUCGAGGAAUACCACAAGAUCUUCUGGUCAUUCCUGAAGCGUCUCCGUCAGCUCGACCCCAAGCCCUGGCCCAAGAAGAUUCCCCACGACACGCAGAACCGCCAAUGGUGCAUGAACUUCGACGGCCUGGAGGCCUUCUUCGCCGUCCUGACCCCCGCCCACAAGCAGCGUCGGUCUCGCAGCGCCCCCAACUUCGCCAUGGUCUACCAGCCCCGCAUGAUCUUCGAUGUCAUCUUCAAGGACCCGCGCUACCGUGAGUCCGCCACCCGCACCGUGCGUGGCCUCGUCGACAAGUACGAUGAGAUCCCUCACAGCCCGGACAUUAGCGACUACGCCCGCGAGGGUACCACCGAGAGCAGACAGUACUUCCUGCUGGACAAGAACGAGACUGCGCAUUGCCCAUAUGACGACCUCGAGAUGGCCGCUCAGAAAGACAAACUGAACAUGGCAUAA